AUGUCAUUACCCCUCUUCAUGUCAUUACUACGACCCUCCAUCUCCUCACAACUCCGACAAUUCACACGUCUCCCCGCCCAAACGCGCAAACCUCUCCGAUCGCACUUCCACAGCUCACAACCGCUACUUCGCAUACUUCCCGAAAUGGCUGACGGCGAACCCACCGGACUGAAGGCGGACAAGGGCAUCGAGCUGCUCACCUUCGGCACACCCAAUGGAUGGAAGGCUAGCAUUCUGCUCGAGGAGCUCAAGGAAGCCUACGGAAAGGACUACACAUGGCAGAGCAUCAACAUCUCGAAGAACACACAGAAGGAGCCCUGGUUCACCAAGCUCGGUCCCAAUGGACGCAUCCCUGUAAUCGUCGACCACGACCAGGGCGGCUUCGCUGUCCAAGAAGGUCUCUCAAUCCUCACGUACCUCACGCGCCACUACGACCCCGAACACAAGUUCAGCUUCAGCGACCCUCUCGACGUCUCGCGCGCAGAACAAUGGAUGGCAUGGCAACAUGGCGGCCUUGGCCCUAUGCAAGGCCAGGCCAACCACUUCAACCGCUUCGCCAAGGAACGCAUUCCCUAUGCCAUGCAGCGUUACACAGGCGAGACCGAACGUCUGGUCGGCAUCCUCGACUCGCACCUCGCCAACACCGACUAUCUUGUAGGCAACAAGUUCAGCAUCGCCGACAUUGCCAGCUUUGGAUGGGCCCACAUGCUCCGCUUCUCCGGUAUUGACCUCGAUUCAUUCCCGAACGUGAAGAAGUGGUUGGAGCGCAUACAGGCACGGCCUGCAGUCCAGCGCGGCUUGGAUAUCCCGAGCAAGAGCGGCUUUGGAAACGACACGUACUUGCAGAAGUUGAAGGAUGACAAGGAGUUUGCGGAGAAGGAGAACAAGCUCAUGGAGCAGAUCAAGGCCGCUAAGGAGCAAUAUGGCUACAAGUACUCCAGUCCUUAG